UGUUAAACUGAAAUUACAAUAGUUGAGAGCUGAGAGGAAGGUGAAGCGGAGAUGGAGGAGAGAGAGAAAUCCGAUAAGAGAAGCAGAGAUCGUCACUCGCAACGCCACCGCCAGCAUCGAUCGGACAGAAAUCACAAGCGCGAACUCAAAUCUAGGGUUAGGUCGAAGGUGAAGCGCGAUGAAGAGAGGGAAGAUUCGAUGGAACCGCAUUCUCAUAAGCGGAAGGAGAGGGAGCACAGCGCGGAUGAGGAAAUUAGGGUUUCUGAGGACAGGAGGGAACGGAGGAGGUUUGGGGAUAAAUUCAAGAAGGACGAAUCAGAACAAGAAGAAGCAGACGGCCAUGAUACUAUUCAUGACCCCAAUGGAGCUCAUGCCUCUGCAUCUUCCCUAAACGGUGCACUGGGAUCGCCUGCUGUGGCACCCACGAGUGUGCCCGAGACAUCUUUGGCUCCUCCUUCCUUUCCUAUCAAGGUAUCUUCGAUUUUUACCACAAAUGAAAAUAAGGGUGUUAGUAUUACCAGGUCUCAUGAGGUUACUGGAAAAUCUAGUACAGAUGGGCCAUCUUCAACUGCGGGAAAAACUGGAAGCCUCUCUAUUGAUGCCCUAGCUAAGGCUAAGAAAGCUUUACAAAUGCAGAAAGAGUUGUCAGAAAAGUUGAAGAAAAUUCCUCAGUUGAAUAAGAGUUCUACCCAGAAUUCACAAGGAAGCUCAAAGUUGGGUUCAAAGAGUGAAUCUACAGUGCCCUCUUCUGGUGCUGGAGUGGUAUCAAAAGUUUCCAACUCAGUUUCUUUGGGCCAUGUUGCAAAUAUGUCAAUUUUCCCCUCAACAGCAUCUGCUGCUUUUGGAAAUCCUCAAGCCAGUGGCACUAGUGCUGCUGGUAUUGCAACUCUACCUGAAGCUGUCAGGCGUGCUCAGGAGUAUGCUGCCAGGAUAGCAUAUGGUCAAGAUCCACAAUUUGCUCCUCAAAUAAAUAUAUUUCCCGGUCAGAUGGUAACGGAUGUUGCUAUCCCACAGAAACCCACCAAGGCCCCUGUUCUUCGUCUUGAUGCUCAGGGACGGGAAAUAGAUGAACAUGGAAAUGUUGUUAAUGUGACUAAGCCCAGCAACCUUAGCACAUUAAAGGUCAACAUUAACAAGCAGAAGAAAGAUGCGUUUGAAAUACUAAAACCUGUAUUGGAUGUCGAUCCUGAAGCUAAUCCUCAUUUUGAUGCAAGGAUGGGUAUCAACAAAAUGAAGCUCCUGCGGCCCAAGAGGAUGAAUUUCCAGUUUGUGGAGGAAGGGAGAUGGUCAAAAGAUGCUGAAACAAUAAAAUUGAAGAGUAAAUUUGGAGAAGCUCAAGCAAAAGAGCACAAGGCCAAACAAGCACAGCUGGCAAAGGCAAAGGCUGCUCCUGAUAUAAAUCCAAACUUAAUUGAAAUAACAGAGAGAGUUGUAAUUAAAGAAAAACCCAAGGACCAAAUUCCGGAAAUUGAGUGGUGGGAUUUGCCUCUUCUGCAAUCUGGAAAUUAUGGUGAUAUUGAUAAUGUAACCAUAGGUGAAGAAAAACUGAAAAUGGAAAAAAUCACUUUUUAUGUGGAGCAUCCCCGUCCUAUUGAACCACCUGCUGAGCCUGCCCCUCCACCACCUCAACCACUCAAGCUAACUAAGCAAGAGCAGAAAAAGCUCCGGACGCAGAGACGUAUAGCUAAGGAGAAAGAUCGACAGGAGAUGAUAAGACAGGGUGUCAUAGAACCACCAAAACCAAAGGUCAAGAUGAGCAAUUUAAUGAAAGUACUUGGCUCUGAGGCAACUCAAGAUCCUACUCGUCUUGAGAAGGAAAUACGUAGUGCAGCUGCUGAGCGUGAACAGGCUCACAUAGAUAGGAAUAUUGCACGCAAGCUUACUCCUGCUGAGCAGAGGGAGAAGAAGGAAAGGAAGCUGUUUGAUGAUCCAAAUACACUGGAGACACUUGUCUCUCUUUACAGGGUAAAUGAUCUCUCAAAUCCAAAGGCUCGCUUUAGAGUUGAUGUUAACGCUCAAGAGAACCGUUUGACUGGAUGUGCUGUGAUUUCCGACAGUAUAAGUGUUGUUGUGGUUGAAGGGGGAAGCAAGUCAAUUAAGAGGUAUGGGAAACUCAUGCUUAGGCGUAUUAAUUGGAGUGAGGUUUCAAAAGAAAAAGAAGAAAAUGAAGAUUCAGAUGAUGAUAAGCCUGUCAAUAAGUGUGUUCUGGUGUGGCAAGGAAGUGUUGCCAAACCCAACUUUAAUAGGUUCAGUGUUCAUGAUUGCAUCACUGAAGCAGCUGCCCGUAAAGUUUUUGUGGAUGCCGGUGUUCCUCAUUAUUGGGAUCUAGCUGUGAACUAUGUAGAAGAUGAAGCUGUUUGACUUGUCUUCUAGUGUUUUUGUUCUGUUAUGGCCUGCCUUGGCCGAAGUCUUCUGGUGAGUGAUCUGUUUUACGAUUUGCAUUCAGCAGUAUUUUAAGCAAAAAUAAUAAACACGAUAGCUGCUAGUGCUCCUAUGUUUCCAUGGGCCAAUGAUUAUGAAAUUUGCUAGGUUAAUUAGUGGUGUACAUUUUUUCAUAUCGGUUUGGAUAGCAUCCAUUCAGAGAUACACAACAUUCGUUUAAGAUUUAAGCCUUCGGGAUUAUACUUCCAUUUUGUUUACUCUUUUAGAUGUUUCGAUCAAUAGGUGCUAAACAUAGAGUAUUCCCCUCAUGCAGUUCUCAAGUUCUUCAGGCAUGGGAUUUCUGAUGUAGAAUGCAAAUAUAUUCUGUUGUUGAGGAAUGCAACCUCAAUCGGGUUUGGAUAAGCCGCAGGGAUGGAUCUUUUUAUUUAAUUAUUUUAUAUUUUUUACAAUUUGAAUUUACUCACUUAUUUUUAUAUGUGUUAUUAAUUAUAUUCUAACUCUAACUACUUAUUUUACCCUUAA